CGACGAGCCACAGAAGCUUGCAUUACCAAACCCAAAUAGAGCCAUGACUCAAGACACUCAGUUCUUAUUGAAAAUCGCAUGAAUUCACAUCGAAGCUGACGGAAUAAAGAUUUAAGACAAAAAAUGCAUCCUAAAGCAUCGGGCCUCCCACGUGUUGAAAAGUGGCUGCUGUGCAUUGAUCUUAAAAUUGGUGUUUUAAUUUGGACGUGCUUUGAGUUGGGAAUUUGGGCAUUUUUAUCGUAUGCAGCUGUUGAUAAUGAAAGUGCAUUCUUUAGUAAUUAUGAUUUGUACAAGUAUGAGGAGCAUAUUGAGGAUAAUUGGUACUUCCAAAUGAUUUUUGGACAACCUGAGGAGGAUGAUUAUGACUACGAGAUGGGGUAUGAGUCAGUCAUUGAUGAUACUGACGGCAUCGAUGAGGGAUAUCGCUUUCAAACUAUGGCUAUCAAUGGAAUCUUGAUGUUUGUUUUCAUCGCUUACUUCAUAUUGACUGUGUUCUUCAUCCUGGCGAUUGUCAAGAGGUCAAUGAAUUUCGCAAUCCCAUACAUCAUCUUCGACUCAUUCAUCAUCUGGAUGUCCCUCAUCUCAAUCUUUGCAGCAUUGUUUAAUAUGAAUUUCGUGAUGGUUAGGAAUUGCUCAAUCUUUGCAUCCAUCAAAUUUUAUCCAGCAAUUUGUAAUUAUUCGUACUUUCGAGAUGUUGGCGGGAAAUUUACAUUUUCCAGAGACAUUCCACAAUUUUUGAGAAACUCUCCGAAGACAUUCGAGAGACGAAGUCAAUAUGCGGAAAGGAGGAGAAUCAGUAAAAUGAAAGAGAAAAGAGAGACUGAAAAUGUUCAUGAACUUCAAGUGCUGAAGCCAAAAGAGAAGUUUGAGGGUAAAAAGCAGGAAAUUUUAGAAGUUGUUGUGACGAGAUGAAUUGGUGGAAGUUGGAACUCUUACUGAGAAUUGAAUCAUGAACAGACCUCAUAUUCUAGUCUUAUUGAAUUACUAAGUUUAAGAAAUUUUAGAUUUUUAAGAAAUUUAAAUGAAAUUUUAUUGUAAUUAAGGAAACUUAUUUUUGGAUAAUAAAAUUAUAGAAAUUA